AUGACUGGGGCGCAUCCAGAUUGGUCGGAAGUCGAAGAACGGGCUGUCGUCCGCAAGCUUGAUUUCCUCAUCAUGCCUUUGCUCAUCGCCGGCUUCUUCGUCUUGCAACUCGAUCGUGGCAACAUCGGCAACGCCCUAACAGACUUCUUCCUCGCAGAAGUGGGCAUCACUCAACUCCAGUUCAACAUUGGUAACCAGCUCCUCAGUCUGGGCAUUGUGCUACUUGAGCUGCCCAGCAACCUCAUUCUCUAUCGUGUCGGUCCUCAGAAAUGGAUCAGCUGCCAGAUCGUUUGCUGGGGUCUGGUGGCUACCUUUCAAGCCUUCAUCAAGGGAAAAGGCGUUGGUGUCUAUUAUGUCACCAGACUGUUGCUCGGUCUUCUUGAAGCUGGCUUCAUUCCUGCAGGCUUGUACACUUUGACACAGUGGUACAAGCGUAAUGAGACGAGCAGACGCUUCACUGCAUUCUUCCUUGGCAAUAUGAUUGCUUCAGCAGCAAGUGGUCUCAUUGCCUACGGUAUCCUGCAGAUGCGAGGCACAGCAGGACUCUCUGGUUGGCAGUGGAUGUUCUUGAUUGAAGGCAUCAUCACAAUACUUGUCGGCAUCGUUUUCGCGCUUCUCAUGCCUCACUCUCCCGCAUAUCCGUCAAAUAUUCUGCGUCAUUCAUACUUUACAUCACGAGAGAUCCAUAUUCUUACCCAUCGCGUGGUCAUCGACAAUCCUACUGAGGGCCCCAAGAACAAAUAUGUCAAGUGGAUUGAUGUCAAGGCAGCCUUCUCCCGAUGGUUUGUCUACCCGCAGCUUAUCGUCUCCUUCUGCUGCAUCGCCAUUAUUUCGCCACUUGGAACAUAUCAACCAUCCAUCAUCGCAAGCUAUGGCUAUGAUCGUCUUCAAGCGAAUGCACUGUCUUCCGUUGGCAAUUGGGUCGUUAUUGUGCUGAGUCUGUCGUUUGGGUGGAUUGCCGACAAGACCCAGAGGCGAGGUGGCCUUAUUCUCCUUGCUGCUGUACUGAGUUUCGCAUUUUGUCUCGCGACCAGACAGCUUGUAACAAGCACGAAUCGUGAUCUCAAGUACGGAAUCCUCGUUUGCACCACACUGUGGGGAUCUGCAGCUCAUCCUCUCAACGGCUCCUGGCUUGCCGUCAACAUCCGUAGUCCUGCAGAGCGCUCCAUCACCAUGGCGCUACUCAUCAUGACUGCGAACGCGGCUGGUUUGGCAGGUGCUCAGGUCUUCCAGGCACACGAUGCGCCGCUGUAUAGGACGGGUUUUACCGUCAUUCUCACUCUGGCGUCCAUCGCUGUGCACGAAAGGAGGAAGCGGAGCAAGAAGUAG